GCGCCUGCGCCGCAGGGCCGGGGAAGGGCGGGCACGCUGUGCGCAGCUGCCGCCGCUGCGUGGGGCCGCAGAUGGAGCCUGCCCCCGGCGCCGCAGAAAAUUCUAAGCUGAGACAUGUAGAAAAAGAUGUUUUGAUUCCACAAAUAAUGAGGGAUCGAGCCAAGGAGCUGUGUUCAGAUAAGGUGCAAGCAUUUACUAAGUGCUGUCAAGAAACUGGUGUUCUGAUGGUGGUGAAGUGUCGGCAGGAGAACGCAGCACUGAAGGACUGUCUGGUUGGCUACUAUUCUGAUCCAUCAUUCUAUGAAGAAUGCAAAGCAGAAUAUUUGAAGCAAAGAGAAGAAUACAGAGCAACUGGAAUUAAGAAAAAAAGACAGAAGUUUACUCAGAAUGUGUGAUUAAAACUUAAAAUGAACUUUUUUUACAUGCAAUUUAGAUUUCACUUGAUUUAACAGACUUAAAUUGUCUAUACCACUCUGUGUGGAGUUUAACUGAAAUACACAAAAUGAGAUUAAUGGAGAAUAAAAUAAUGUCUGAAAUUAAGAGUUAGCUUUAAAACUUUUCCUAAUUAAAGAUCUAGAGCAUGCCUUCACAGUUUGCAAGAGAGGUGGCAAAGGUGUGUUCCUGUAUCUGGACUUGAGAUUUUGUUACCAGUAUUCAAGUUGGAGUUUAUAAUUCCAGCAUGUCCAUUUGAAAUUUAAAGCCUAUAUCUAGCUACAUAAAAACAUAAGGGUGAAUAAUUUAAGUUGUAUUAACUGGUCACAGAUUGGGUAUACACUGAAGUUGGUCUGUUAGUCAUCACCUGAAGCUGACUGUAUGGAGAUGCCCUUACUAGAAGAGAAGGGUGGCAAAUGCAGAAGAACUACUCAAUGUGAAUUACCCUUUUCAUCAAGAUGAUGUCAGAUGAGAGCCUGGCAGUACUUGUGCCUGCACUGUAACUCAUUUUUACGUCUACACUGUGACUCACUUUCAAGCCUACACUGUCAGAAGGGAUGGAAGGAUGCCUUGUGCUUGUACGUGGCCCAGACUGACCAUUUCAGCUCUAGGGGAGACAGUAAUCUCAUCCAGACCUUCCUUGAGAACAGGGAAUGAGCUGCCAUGCUUCAGGAGUGAGUGAGUGACCACACUUGCAAAAUUAUCCCAGGUAGAGGUGAGAAAAGAACUAAACCAGGCAUAGAAGAUGCAGAUCACUUUGCAGGAACUAAGCAGGUCCCUAAUUUAAAAAGAGCAUACAAACAUUCAUUUGUGUACUGAUACUUGAAGCUGCUUAAUUGUAGUUAAUUAAUUAAAUUAUUAAAAAACUAAUUGUAA